UAUUUUCUACGUACUCGGAGCAGAGGAAGAGGUUAAUCUUCGUGAUGGCAAGAACCAAGCAGACGGCUCGUAAAUCCACCGGCGGCAAAGCCCCGAGGAAGCAGCUCGCUACUAAAGCCGCCCGGAAGAGCGCCCCAGCCACCGGCGGCGUCAAGAAGCCCCACCGUUACAGGCCCGGGACCGUGGCUCUCCGAGAGAUCCGCCGUUAUCAGAAGUCCACCGAGCUGCUGAUCCGCAAACUGCCUUUCCAGCGCUUGGUGCGAGAAAUCGCGCAGGAUUUCAAGACGGACCUGCGCUUCCAGAGCUCCGCCGUCAUGGCCCUGCAGGAGGCCAGCGAGGCUUAUUUGGUCGGUCUGUUUGAGGACACCAACCUGUGCGCCAUCCACGCCAAGAGAGUCACCAUCAUGCCCAAAGACAUCCAGCUGGCGCGCCGCAUCCGCGGAGAGCGCGCUUAAACCCGCCGCUGCAGCCGCACCCCAAAGGCUCUUUUAAGAGCCACCAACACCGCACUGAACGAGACCGUUUCCACUGUAAUGAUUAAUAUAACGGAUAGGAAGUUAUCUUGCUCUUUGUCUGAAUUUUUCUGCGUUAUCAGUAACGUUAACUUUUCACUACACAGACAAACAAUGCUGUUUCACAAUAACACGCAAUUCUCUUAAGUAUAUAAAAACAAAUGUGUAUAUGAUAUAUGGAAGUGCAAUUAUAUAAAUAUUAAGUCAAUAUUAUUUAUUUUUUAAUAUAUAAAUUGUCUUUUUAAUCUACGGUGAGCUUCGUUUACUUCGGUGCACAUGUCCGCGGCUCCAGACCAGACUUCU